AUGAACUGUACGUUGCAGUCGGCGAGUGCUUUGGACGAGCACUCCAUAGCGGCGGCCAUCCUGCCGCUCGCCACCGCGUACUGCAGGAAGCUGUGCACCGGCGUCAUACAGUAUGCGUACAUGUGUAUACAGGAGCAUCAAGUGUGGACGAGCCAGCAGUUCUGGGAGGCGGCCUUCUACCAAGAGGUGCAGCGCGACAUCAAGGCGCUGUACCUGCCCAGCCCCACUCACCACCACAGGAUGCCUAGUCCUAGGGAGGACGAUGAAUACAUAUCGUUAUUAAAAGCACAAGAGCCUAGUGCACUGGAGAUAGCCGCGGAACAGAUGAGGCUGUGGCCUACUCUACCUCAAGAAAAGCAACGCGAGCUGAUCUCGAGCGAGGAGUCGACGCUGUACAGCCAGGCCAUCCACUACGCCAACCGCAUGGUGUACCUGCUGCUGCCGCUCGAGGGCGCGGGCCGGCGCGCCGACGCGCGCGGCGACGACGACCGCGCCAGCAACAGCAUCACUAACAGUGUGGCGGAAUCAGACAGUGCAGAUGCGGAGUCGGGUUUCGAGGAAGCAGACCCGGGAGAAGCUGGCAAUAAUGUCAUUAAGAUGGUGUCCAGAUUUGUAGAUAAAGUGUGCACAGAAGGCGGGGUGACAGCGGAGCACGUGCGCUGCCUGCACCAGAUGAUCCCGGGCGUGGUGCACAUGCACCUGGAGACGCUGGACGCGGUGGCCAGGGAGAGUCGGAGACUGCCGCCUGUACAAAAACCGCGUAUCGCGUGGCCGGCGCUGGUGGCGGGCGAGGCGGCGGCGGGCGCGGCGCUGCGCGCGCUGCUGCUGGCGGACGGGCGCGGCGCGGCGCUGUCGCAGCUGCUGCCCGCCGAGGGCGCACUGUUCCUCACCAACUAUAGACUGCUCUUCAAAGGAGUGCCAAUGGAUCCGUAUGCGUGUGAAGCGACCGUGGUGCGGUCGUUCCCGCUGAGCGCGCUGACGCGCGAGAAGGGCGUGCGCGCGGCGCACGCGCAGCUCGACCACGUGCUGCACGACGGCCUGCAGCUGCGCGCGGCCACCUUCCAGCUGAUCAAGGUGGCGCUGGACGAGGAGGUGACGAGCGAGCAGGCGGAGGCGUUCCGCAAGGCGGUCGCGCGCCUGCGCCACCCGCAGCACCCGCUACUGCACUUCGCGCUGGCGCCGCGCGCGCCGCCGCCCGCCGACCUCGCCGCGCCCAAGCACUACACGCUCAAAGGAUUCGCCAAGAAGACCUUGCUAAAGACCGCGCGCCGAGCGGGCCUCAAGCCGAAGCCGUCCAAGCGGCAGAAGUACGUGCUGCCGUCGGCCGACGCGCGCUCGCUCACGUCCCCGCCGCUCAUGUCUUCCUUGUCAGCUGAUACUUUGUCAUUGGAGGAGCUGGAGCUGAACGGCGGCGGCGUGCCGGAGAGCGCGGAGAGCACGAGCUCGCGGUCGCUGGAGCGCGUGCGCGAGCGCGUGUACGCGCGCGACUGGGCGCGCGUGGGGCUCGCCGCGCCGCCCUUCCGGCUCUCCCACGCCAACGCUCUGUACACGCUGUGCAGGAGCUACCCGGCGGUGGUGGCGGUACCGGAAGGCGUGUCGGACGAGUCGCUGCGGCGCGCGGCGCGCUGCUACCGCCAGGCGCGCGUGCCGCUGCUCACGUGGCGGCAUCCGCGCACCAAGGCAUUGCUGGCCAGAUCCGCCGCAUCUCACCACAAAGGCGUGAUGGGCAUGCUGAAAGGCUCGAGUCACCAGACUCCGGCCAACGCGCCGAGCGGCACCGAGACUACCUCUAGUAUAGAACAAGAACGAUACCUAGCGGCUCUGGUGGCUCUCACUCCAGCGUCGAGGGGCGAGCUGGAAGACUCCAGUCUAAGUUUGGACUCCCUACUGCUGUGCUGUGAGGAGCAGCCGCACAAUCACACGCCUUUGUUGAGCAAAGCUGCCGGCACUUUAGGUGUGCUUGGACGAGGCAGCGCAGGUAAAGGCGGCACGACGGCGCGCCACUUCGGACGAUGGGGCUCGCUGAAGGACCGCCGCCAGCCCUCGCACCUGGACUUGUACGUGCCCCGGCAGCGUCUCUCUACUGCCGAUCUUGACUCUGUGUCGGGCGACGGCGGCGCGCCGGGCGGCGCGCGGCGCGCGGCGCUGUACGUGCUGUCGGACAAGGGCGGGCUGGGCGGCGCGGCGGCGGGCGCCGAGCCCGUGCCCGUGGAGUACCCGGACGCGCGCGCCACCAAGCACGCCUUCAAGAAGCUGCUGCGCGCCGCCGCGCCCUCCGCGCCCUCCGCGCCGCAGUCGCCCGACGAACCUGGCUUCUUCAAACUAGUAGAAGAUUCCGGCUGGCUGUGGCAGCUGCGCCAGCUGUUCCAGCUGUCGGGCGCGGUGGUGGACCUGCUGGACGUGCAGGGCUCCUCCGUGCUGCUGUCGCUCGAGGACGGCUGGGACGUGACUGCGCAGAUUUCAUCGUUAGCACAGAUUUGCCUAGACCCCUACUACAGGACACUCGAAGGUUUCCGGAUAGUCGUAGAAAAGGAAUGGUUGGCGUUGGGUCAUAAGUUCCAACAACGGUCCAACUUGGCCGCCACUCCUCAGCAGGGCUUCACUCCUACUUUCCUCAUGUUCCUCGAUGCUGUACAUCAGCUACAGAAGCAGUUCCCGCUGGCGUUCGAGUUCAACGACUACUACCUGCGGUUCGUGGCGUACCACUGCGUGUCGUGCCGCUUCCGCACCUUCCUGCUGGACAGCGAGGCGCAGCGCGCGGAGCUCGGCCUCGCGCCCGACGACCGCCGCGCAGACGCGUCGCGCAUGGGCGUAGAAACAGGCGGGCCCGGUGGUAUGGCAGGCGGUGCGGGGUGCGAGGGCGAGGACGGACGCACGGCCCUGGGCUUGUUCGAGUACAUAGAGCGCUUACACCAAAGAUCGCCUCUCUUCUACAACCUGCUGUAUACACCGGACCUGGACAACCCCCGGUCGACGGUCUACUAUGACCCAGUGUUGAGGCCAGUGAGCGCGGUGAGCAGCCUGGAGGUGUGGGAGUACUACGUGAGCGAGGAGCUGGCGCACGGCGCGCCCUACGAGCCCGACCUGUGGCCCGACGAGCGCGCGCCGCCCGCCGCGCGCCGCCUCGUCGUCGCUGGAUACGACAGCAUCCCGCGCUGCAUGCCGGACGCAUUCACGGGGCUGCUGGAGCGCCUGCGCCAGCUGGAGCUGGAGCUGGGCCACCUGCCGCAGAAGUGGCGCGUGCGCUGGGACCAGCUCGAGCUGCCCAACACCGCCGAGCUGCAGCGCGCGUCGUCGAUGAGCAGCGGCGUGGUGCGGCGCGCGACGGCGGCGGCGCACCGGCGCGGCACGCGCGACGUGCUGGCGCGCGCGCGCCUGGCCGCCGCGCCGCCGCCGCCCGCGCACCGCUGGGCGCCCGCGCCGCACGCCGCGCCCGCGCGCUGCGACCACUGCGCCGACCUGCUCUGGGGGCCGCUCGAGGUACGCACCUUACUCCUUACCACUUCUUCUCUUCACCUGUACCUU